AUGUCUCUAUCUUCUAAGCUAACUGUCAAGGACCUAAACGUCACAGACAAGCGUGUGUUCAUCAGAGUGGACUUCAACGUCCCAUUGGACGGCACCACGAUCACCUCUAACCAGAGAAUCGUUGCUGCUUUGCCUACUAUCAAGUACGUGCUAGAGCAGAAGCCAAAGGCGGUCGUCUUGGCGUCGCACUUGGGUAGACCAAACGGUGAAAGAGUGGAAAAAUACUCUUUGAAGCCAGUGGCUGCGGAAUUGCAAAAGCUUUUGGGCCAGGACGUGACUUUCUUGAACGACUGCGUGGGCCCAGAGGUCACCAAGGCCGUGGACUCGGCUGCUCCAGGCUCUGUCAUCCUGUUGGAAAACUUGCGUUUCCACAUCGAAGAAGAGGGCUCCAGAAAGGUUGACGGCCAAAAGGUCAAGGCCGACAAGGCUGACGUGGAGAAGUUCAGAAAGGACUUGACCUCGUUGGCUGACGUCUACGUCAACGACGCUUUCGGUACCGCCCACAGAGCCCACUCCUCUAUCGUGGGUUUUGAGUUGAGGGAUAGAGCUGCCGGUUUCCUAUUGUCCAAGGAAUUGAAGUACUUCGGUAACGCUCUAGAAAACCCAGCCAAGCCUUUCUUGGCCAUCCUUGGUGGUGCCAAGGUUGCCGACAAGAUCCAGUUGAUCGACAACUUGUUGGACAAGGUUGACGCUAUUAUCAUCGGUGGUGGUAUGGCUUUCACCUUCAAAAAGGUUCUAGAAGGCACUGAGAUCGGUGAAUCCAUCUUCGACAAGGCUGGUGCCGAAAUUGUUCCUAAGUUGGCUGAGAAGGCCAAGCUAAAGGGUGUCCAAAUUGUCUUGCCAAUUGACUUUGUUUGUGGUGACGACUUCUCCCCUAACGCUAACACUAAGAUCGUCACCGACAAGGAAGGUGUUCCAAAGGGAUGGGAAGGUUUGGACAAUGGUCCAGAGUCCAGAAAGUUGUUCUCUACCACCGUUGCUCAAGCUAAGACCAUUGUCUGGAACGGUCCCCCAGGUGUUUUCGAGUUUGAAAAGUUCAGCGAAGGUACCCAAGCUUUGUUGAAGGACGCUGUUAAGGCCUCUGAAUCUGGCAGCACUGUCAUUAUCGGUGGUGGUGACACUGCUACCGUUGCCAAGAAGUACGGUGUUACUGACAAGAUUUCCCACGUCUCCACUGGUGGUGGUGCUUCUUUGGAAUUGUUGGAAGGUAAGGAAUUGCCAGGUGUUACCUUCUUGUCUAGCAGACCAUAA